AUGGCAAUGACAGGCUCAACACCUUGCUCGGCCAUGAGUAAUCACACAAAGGAAAGGGUUACAAUGACCAAAGUGACACUGGAGAAUUUUUAUAGCAACCUUAUCGCACAUGAAGAACGAGAAAUGAGACAAAAGAAGUUAGAAAAAGUGAUGGAAGAAGAAGGCCUAAAAGAUGAAGAGAAACGACUCAGGAGAUCAGCACAUGCUCGGAAGGAAACAGAGUUUCUUCGUUUGAAGAGAACAAGACUUGGAUUGGAAGAUUUUGAGUCCUUAAAAGUAAUAGGCAGAGGAGCAUUUGGUGAGGUGCGGCUUGUUCAGAAGAAAGAUACAGGGCAUGUGUAUGCAAUGAAAAUACUCCGUAAAGCAGAUAUGCUUGAAAAAGAACAGGUUGGCCACAUUCGUGCGGAGCGUGACAUUCUAGUGGAGGCAGACAGUUUGUGGGUUGUGAAAAUGUUCUAUAGUUUUCAGGAUAAGCUAAACCUCUACCUAAUCAUGGAGUUCCUGCCCGGAGGGGACAUGAUGACCCUGCUGAUGAAGAAGGACACACUGACAGAAGAGGAGACACAGUUUUAUGCAGCAGAGACAGUAUUAGCCAUAGACUCCAUCCACCAACUCGGAUUCAUCCACAGAGACAUCAAGCCAGACAACCUUCUCCUGGACAGCAAGGGCCACGUGAAACUUUCUGACUUUGGCCUUUGCACAGGACUGAAAAAAGCACAUAGGACAGAAUUUUAUAGGAAUCUGAACCACAGCCUCCCCAGUGAUUUCACUUUUCAGAACAUGAAUUCCAAAAGGAAAGCAGAAACCUGGAAAAGAAACAGACGUCAGCUAGCCUUCUCCACAGUAGGCACUCCUGACUACAUUGCUCCUGAGGUGUUCAUGCAGACCGGGUACAACAAGCUCUGUGAUUGGUGGUCGCUGGGGGUGAUCAUGUAUGAAAUGCUCAUCGGCUACCCACCUUUCUGUUCUGAGACCCCUCAAGAGACAUAUAAGAAGGUGAUGAACUGGAAAGAAACUUUGACCUUUCCUCCAGAAGUUCCUAUUUCUGAGAGAGCCAAGGAUCUAAUUUUGAGAUUCUGCUGUGAAUGGGAACAUAGAAUUGGAGCCCCUGGAGUUGAGGAAAUCAAAAGUAAUUCUUUUUUUGAAGGUGUUGACUGGGAACAUAUCAGAGAGAGGCCUGCUGCAAUAUCUAUUGAAAUCAAAAGCAUUGAUGAUACCUCAAACUUCGAUGAGUUUCCAGAAUCCGAUAUUCUUAAGCCAACAGUGGCAACAAGUAAUCACCCUGACACUGACUACAAGAACAAAGACUGGGUCUUCAUCAAUUACACAUACAAGCGCUUUGAGGGUCUGACUGCGCGGGGGGCAAUACCUUCCUACAUGAAAGCAGCAAAAUAGUUUCCUUGAAAUGGGAUCCUAAAUCGAGCAGUUCUUUGUACAACAUCAUGGUUUUCUUCUCACAUAACUGUUUUGAAAGAGCUUCCAAGAAGUUUAUGGAACCUAUCAACGUGUCAUGGUAAACUCCUGAAAUGUGAUAGUAAGUGGAUUCUCUUCCAUAAUGCAUCUGAUGACCUGUAGAACAAAGACAACCAUUUCUACUACAUCAGCCAUUAACGGCUGUCCUGCUUCUUUAGAAGCAUCAUGAGCCAAUUUGAUGUUUUAAAAAAACUUGAGUUUUCCUAAGUUCAUCAGAAUGAAGGGGGAAAAACAGCCAUCAUCCAACAUUGAGAUUGUAACAUAUACUUACUGAGUAUCAGCCAAUUCCUGUGAUUUUGUGACAUGCUUGCUACCAAGCCCACCAAGUUAUUUUUUUUUCUUUACAGCUAAAAGUUCCAUAGUACUAAGGAAAUAAAGCAAUAAAGAAAGCUUCAGUAGCCAGCAUUCUGGCUGAAGGAAAUGAUCCGCCAUUCUGAGUGGGUGGUGGUGGUAGUUUCUCCCCAAACCUCAGCCUCGGGCAAGUAGCUUUUUAUAGCCUCCAUUCAUGGUGCACUUUAUUUAUGGUACUAGGACAAAGACCCUCAAUCCAUUUUGAUUUAUUUCCUUCCGCCCAUCUGAAAUACGCUGCUUUUCUGAGUGUUGAUGGGAAGAUACCAGCUUGAUCCUUUGUUGCUCUUAGAAGGCCCAAAAAGCCACUGGGCAUUGCCAAGGAGUCCUGGAUCACGUGGAAAAUCCUCACUUUCUCUUCACGGCUGUGUUAGAAAAUCCCUUUGGAUGUUGCCGUGGACUAGCAAUACCCACAAGUGCUGCCAAAAGGACCUCGGUUUAUUCCUGGGAACACAGCAAGGAGCGCCCAGGCAGAAGCAGGAGGCCUAGAACCCUCUUGGCUAAGGCGCUGCUCCUGCUCCGUGUCCAGAACCUCCCUGCAAGUGGUGAAGGAACGAGCCCAAUACAAAGUGCAGAGCCAGCCUGCAAAUCCGUGCAAAGUUCACGCCUCAAUCUUUGGUGCAACUGUAUUUGUAUUCUCUUAGUAUUUCUCCUCUCCCAACUUUAAGUAACCAUUUUGCCUUGGAAUCAUGAUUACAAAUUUUUCCUUUGCAGAUGCCUUCCUGGGGGAUGGUCCUCUUCACCCUAAAGGGUCACCUGCAGGCUUGGGCUGACCAGGCCUCUCUGCUGUGGUAUUCUCAAGAGAGACCCUCUGAAUUUUAGCACAAAGUGCCUUUUCUUUCACAGCUGCCACCGCCUUUAGAGGACUUUUGCUGCAUCAGAAAAAUGUGGAGGCUCCAUAUUAAUGCAUUAUUACUUUUAAAAUUUUUGAUAACUCUUAAAGCAUCAUUUGCACCUAUGUGGUAACUUUGCCUGUAACAGCAGAGUGUCAUAGCCAAGCCACAGCUGGGAGACUGCCUUCUGCCAGUCUUGAGGUUGUUAACAUCAGCUAUGAAAGGAAAGUAUGUCCUAGCUUAGCCAUUCAGAAAAGAAAAAUGGACUAUCAAAGUUACAGUAGUAAGUGAAACUGCUUUGGGUUUUAAUGUCUUAGAGGAAGAAAAAAGAAUAUUAGGGAAAUAUUAACUCUGGAUGAAGGUAAUGUGUUUCCCCUUAUUCUUUCAUUCAUGGUUUGCUAGUGAGAAGGAAGUGAGAUUCUUUUGUGGAACUUUGUAGCUUCUUUGGAUUACCAAAUAGUUGGGGUCUUGACCCCUCUGUUUUGCAAGAGUGUGUGGUAAGCAUGGACAAUGAGGUAAUAGGAGGGUGGUAGGUAGUCUGUGUGUUGGGGAGUGGCAGGGGAUAAUUUGUUUUGGGGGGGAAUGCCCACAUUUUAACUUUUAAAUGUCUGAAUAAACUGUGU